AUUUUCCUUAACAGGCUCUAUAGAGAAUAGGACUGAAAAUUUUGGCAUCUUGUAGUUUGUUACUCUACCUUACAAAAGGCAAUAUAAAUUUCUCUACACAGGCAAUCUCAGAUUCAGCUUCUGUCACAUCAGGAUGGAUCACCAUGACUGGCAACAGGGAAGAAGUAGGGGUCAUAGGCACUAUGAUGAUGAUGAUGAGGCCCAGCCAUUCUACAUCGGUGUUCCAGUUUCCCACCGGCGGAAAAGGCGCAGACAUCACUCCUAUGCCAGCGAUGCCAACCGUGAUUCACGACAUACACACUAUGAUCACCAUACACAGCGAGAACACUCACAUCGAGGAUAUUAUAACAAAGACGAGCACUAUAAUGAUGAAGAGGAUGGUGAAGAGUGUCGUGAGCAUGCCGAUCCUACAGGAAAAGGCAGAGGAGUAAAAAGAAUUAUUAGAAGAGUUGUCCAAGAGCCAAGGACCACUUCUGGAGAGCUACAAAAAGACCUGGAAUCAGCAGUGUCCCCUGCUGCCGAAAGGCUGCGCCACAUAUUGGGAGAAGAUGAUAGCACUCCAACACCAACAAUAUUCACUGAGAUGGAUACAUUACAGCAGGAGGGUGGUGAAUUAGAGUGGAAAGAGUCUGCAAGAUGGGUGAAGUUUGAGGAGAAGGUGGAGGAGGGAGGAGAAAGAUGGAGCAAGCCUCAUGUUUCCACACUCACCCUCCAUAGUCUGUUUGAGCUGAGAACCUGCCUGCAGACAGGAAGUAUUCUGCUCGACCUAGAGGGCUACUCACUGCCACAGAUCGUGGAGGAGAUUGUGGAACAGCAGAUAGCUGAUGGUCUCAUUCCUCCUGAUCUUAAGGAGAAGAUUAUCUUUGUGUUGCUCAGGAAGCAUCGUCAUCAGACCAAGAAGCCAAUCCACCGCUCUCUGGCCGACAUGGGAAAGUCAUCCAAUGCUGCGUCUAGCCGUAGUCCUCAGGUUAAUCUGAGUCGUAGCACUAGUUCAGCUUCUGGGAUCCACCGCUCCACAGAAGACCUACGUUCUCGGCAGUCAAGCAGCCUUGGCCGCCUGCGUGAGUCACACAAACACACACAUAGUAGAAGCAUGAAUGAUAUUUCAGACACACCAAGCACUGAUCAGCUUAAGAAUAAGUUCAUGAAGAAGAUACCUCGUGAUGCAGAAGCAUCCAAUGUCCUGAUUGGUGAAGUUGAUUUUCUGGAUAAACCCUUUGUCUCCUUUGUACGCUUGGCUCAAGCUACAACUCUGGGGGGGCUUACUGAGGUUCCUGUACCAACCAGAUUUCUCUUCAUUCUUCUGGGUCCUCAUGGCAAAACCAAAUCCUACAACGAGAUUGGCAGAGCUAUUGCUACACUCAUGGUGGAUGAUUUGUUUAGUGAUGUUGCCUAUAAGGCAAGGGACCGUGAAGACUUGAUUGCAGGUGUUGAUGAGUUUCUGGAUGAAGUGAUUGUCCUUCCUCCAGGAGAAUGGGACCCCAAGAUCCGUAUUGAACCCCCUAAAAAGGUUCCAUCCGCAGAAACGAGAAAGUCAGUGCUGAACUUGAAUGAGCUGGGUCAGGUGAAUGGUUUAGCUGGCGGAGCAGCUGGAGGUGAAGAUGAGGAGCUUCCAGCCCCACAUGAGUUGGGAGAGGAGCUGAAAUUCACUGGGAGGAUUGGUGGUGGAUUAUGGCUGGAUAUCAAACGGAAGAUCCCAUGGUAUUGCAGUGAUAUUUAUGAUGGUUUCCAUAUCCAGUCCAUCUCUGCUGUGCUAUUCAUCUACCUAGGCUGCAUCACCAAUGCUAUCACCUUUGGAGGACUACUAGGGGAUGCUACUGACAAUUACCAGGGAGUGAUGGAGAGUUUUCUUGGCACUGCUUUAGCAGGAAGUGUCUUUUGCUUGUUUGGAGGACAGCCUCUCAUCAUUUUGAGUUCAACUGGGCCCAUUCUCAUCUUUGAAAAACUGCUUUAUGAGUUCAGCAAAAACAAUGAUGUGGACUAUAUGGAGCUUCGUCUGUGGAUUGGCCUUCACUCGUGUCUGCAGUGUUUUUUACUGGUUUUUUCAGAUGCUAGCUACAUCAUCAAAUAUAUGACCCGGUUCACGGAGGAGGGUUUCUCCAGCCUCAUUUCUUUUAUAUUCAUUUCUGAUGCAAUCAAGAAGAUGGUCGGCGCCUUUAAAUAUUACCCAAUCAACCGUGGCUUCAAACCUGAUUACAUUACAGCUUAUAAGUGUGAAUGCAUCGCUCCAGACCAGGCACCUGCACUGGGCUUGAAUGCUUCAGCUCCACUUGCAGAUGAUAAUAUGACUCUGCUGUUUAACUUAACAGAUCUGGACUGGAGUCAGCUGAGUAAGAAAGAAUGUGUGAAGUAUGGUGGUAUGCUGGUGGGGAACUCCUGUAAGUAUGUUCCUGACCUGGCCCUCAUGUCCUUCAUCCUCUUCUUUGGCACCUACUCCAUGACAGUUUCUCUUAAGAAGUUCAAGUUUAGCCGCUACUUCCCAACAAAGCUUCGCACACUGAUCAGUGAUUUUGCCAUCAUCAUUUCUAUCCUGGUCUUCUGUGGGUUGGAUUGUUUGUUGGCGCUGGACACACCCAAACUGCAUGUACCCACUGAACUCAAGCCUACACGUAGUGACCGGGGCUGGCUGGUGAUGCCCUUUGGUAAGAACCCCUGGUGGUGGUAUCUGGCCAGUUUCGUUCCUGCUCUUCUGGUCACCAUCCUCAUCUUCAUGGACCAGCAGAUUAGUGCUGUCAUUGUCAACCGCAAGGAAAACAAAUUAAAGAAAGGCUGUGGCUACCACUUGGACCUGUUCUGGGUAGGUGUACUGAUGGCCGUGUGUUCUUUCGUGGGCAUGCCAUGGUAUGUAGCAGCCACUGUUAUCUCCAUUGCUCAUAUCGACUCACUGAAGAUGGAGAGUGAAUCUAGCCCUGGAGAGCAACCACAGUUCCUUGAAAUAAAAGAGCAGAGGUUGACAGGCACUUUGGUGUUUGUUCUAACAGGACUCUCAGUCUUUCUUGCACCUAUACUUCAGUACAUCCCCAUGCCUGUCCUUUAUGGUGUCUUCCUCUACAUGGGAGUGGCUUCACUUAGUGGCAUCCAGUUCUGGGAGCGCAUCAAGCUGUAUCUAAUGCCACCAAAACACCAGCCAGACUUCUCCUUCCUGCGUCAUGUCCCUAUGAGACGCGUCCACCUUUUCACCCUAGUCCAGAUUGUGUGUCUGGCUGUUCUCUGGAUCCUUAAGUCUACGUUUCUGGCCAUCAUCUUCCCAUUAAUGAUUCUCGGUCUCAUGGUUGUACGGAAGCUGCUGGAUUUGAUGUUCUCACAACAUGACUUGGCCUGGCUGGAUGAUAUCCUGCCAGACAAAGACAAGAAGAAGAAGGAAGAUGAGAAGAAGAAGAAGAAAGACAAGAAAGCACCAGAGCCUGAGAGUGAUGAGGAGGAGAUGAACCCCUACUCGACAGUCACAUCUGAUCAAAAUGAGCUAGACCACAGCAUCACUCUGCACCUGAAGAUCUCCUGUCCCCCCUCACGUGCCGACUCUGAACUCAGCCUCAGCCCUCCUCUGCAACACCCACAACACCAGCCUGUGCCCAGGGUCAGCAUCCGUGUGGAGUCCGAUUGCGAGGAGUCUGGCUUCCACUACAGACAGCAGCAGCACAACGUCUACCUGUCUGAUGACCGGCCACUGCCUAAAAUAGAGAAAGAAUCUUGCAGGAAAAUGCAAGAUCACUUUCACAACUCCUGUGCUGAAACCAUUUUGUAAAAACAAAGAAUGUUGAAAGGUGCAAAGUGUUGCUUACUGAUCACAGAUCAUGUCUAACAUCGUUUAAGUGAUUUUUUUUUAAUUAUCAGCUCUCAGGUCUGCUUUGGAAACCAGCUUCUUGUAGUUCCAAUGAUAAAAACCAAAGCAUAUUAAUGAAUGCACAAUCCCUCUCUGAAGCAAUUAGGUCACUGAUGAAUAGGUCAGUUUAAUAGGUCAGUG